GCGAUGAAAGGAGGCGAUGGCCCCGCCAGCUACUCCCAUAGCUCAUCAUUCCAGGUUUCCUUAUCCUCUUCCAUUUCCCCUGAUUCUAGCAAUCUCAUUCUUAUUUCCUCCCCCAAUUAUUUUUCCAUAUCAGAUCAAGCGAAAGCCCCUCUGGCGAAGGGCAUUCAGCAAAAUAUAGUACUUCCAACUGAUCUGAGCUCUACACUGCAUCAGAUCUUUCGAAUCGCAGACCUUGGAUGUUCAAUUGGCCCCAACACCUUUGCUUGUGUCCAGACAAUCAUAGAAGCUGUCAAGGCAAAAUACAAAGCGGAAGGCUUCCGAUCCAAGACUCUCGAAUUACAAGUAUUUUUCAAUGAUCAAGACAACAGCGACUUUAAUACAUUACUCCAGACUCUCCUGCAAGACCGAUCCUAUUUGGUUGCCGGUGUCCCAGGCUCUUUCCAUGGCAAACUACUCCCCAUGGCUUCUAUGAAUGUCAUGCACUCCAGUUAUGCGCUCCACUGGCUUAGUAAGGUCCCAGAAGAGGUUAAGAGGCCCGAGUCUCUGGCAUGGAAUAAGGGGAAAAUGACUUACUUCGAAAGUGCUCCGGAAGUCAUCGAGGCUUUUAAUGCACAAUUUCACAGAGAUAUAGAGGACUUCUUCAAACAAAGAUCAAUGGAGAUGGCAGAAGAGGGGCUACUGAUAAUCCUAAUGCCGUGUCGGCCUGAUGGUUCCCGACCAUCGGAGUCAUUGUUCAUCCAGGGUAUUGAGUGUACAUUAGGCCAUUUACUCGUUGACAUGGCCAAAGAGGUACGUCGACUAUGCAAAUCAUUUCCUCCUAUACAUCUCAACAUAGAAGUCUGAAUUUUUCAUGCUUUUUCAGUGAACAUAGAUAUAGUUUAUGUAUAUAAAAGUUCUA